GCCUCGCCCCGCCCCGCGCCCUCCUGGACCCCUGGGCUUGCAGUAGGGCGGCCGCAGUGUGCAGGGCUAAGCCGGACCUCAUGGAUCUGGGGCUCGCAGGGCGCCGGGCGCUUGUCACCGGGGCGGGCAAAGGCAUCGGGCGCGGCACAGUCCAAGCGCUGCACGCGGUGGGUGCGCAGGUGGUGGCUGUGAGCCGAACCGAGGCCGACUUGGACAGCCUGGUCCGCGAGUGCCCAGGGGUAGAGCCUGUCUGCGUGGACCUGGGUGACUGGGAGGCCACAGAGCGAGCACUGGAAGGCGUGGGCCCCGUGGACCUGCUGGUGAACAAUGCCGGCGUGGCACUGCUGCAGCCCUUCCUGGAGGUCACCAAGGAGGCGUGUGACAUAUCUUUUGAUGUGAACCUUCGGGCUGUCAUCCAAGUGUCCCAGAUCGUGGCCCGAGGCUUGAUAGCUCGGGGAGCCCCAGGAUCCAUCGUGAAUGUCUCCAGCCAGGCCUCCCAGCGUGCCCUGACUAACCACAGCGUCUACAGCUCCACCAAGAGUGCCUUAGACAUGCUGACCAAGGGGAUGGCUCUGGAGCUUGGGCCACACAAGAUCCGUGUGAACGCAGUGAACCCCACAGUGGUGAUGACUCCCAUGGGCCAGGCCAACUGGAGCGACCCCCAGAAGGCCAAGACCAUGCUGGACCGCAUCCCACUUGGCAGGUUUGCUGAGGUGGAGAACGUGGUGGACACCAUCCUCUUCCUGCUGAGUGACCGGAGUAGCAUGAUCAUGGGCGCCACUGUGCCGCUGGAUGGGGGCUUCCUGGCCACCUGAGCCCCCUCCACCCACACGUACUCCUGUUCCACGCUGAGCCCACCUUAACCCUCCCCUUCUCCAUCCUUCCAAUAAACCUGACUCUUCUGUCCA